CGGCACAUACAUUGAGCUUUAAAUAUAGAUAAAAAUAACUAAUUACAUAGUUUUUCUGUAACUUACAAGACCGAUCUUUUGAGUUUAAUUAGUUCAUUUGACAAAAAAUUGGAACUAAACAAUGUCUUAACCAGACCAAGUCUACGCAGAAAAGUGAUGCGCUAUCCUAAUCAGACCAAGAAGCACCUGCCGAAUCUGCUGAAGAGAGUACGGUUUCAACUUCCAAGUCCCGUGCUCGCCCAUCCUGCCAUCCGGGGGGUGGGGUGGGUGAUCACCCUCCACCACCGAUCAGUGCCAGUCACUGUCGAUUGGCUGUUCAGCAAUCUGCAAUCACAUUCGUUUCAUCCUAGCUAUAUUAUUAGUACUGCAAUUCGCGAGCAGUGAAAAGGAAAAGCAGUGAAGUUAGAGUUACGGCUACAGCCUUACACCGACGGUUGUUCCCAUGGCGGCGCCCGCGCUGGUGCUCCUGCCGGAGUGGGGCACCGGCCACCUCAUGUCCAUGCUCGAGUCCUGCAAGCGCGUCCUCCUCAGCGGCGGCGGCGGCAAGGCCUUCACCAUCACCCUGCUCGUCAUGCGCCCGCCCACCGCCGAGGCCACCUCCGAGGUGGAGGCUCACGUGCGCCGCGAGGCCGCGUCCGGGCUGGACAUCCGCUUCCACCGCCUCCCCGCCGUGGAGGCGCCCUCGGACGCCGCGGGGGUCGAGGAGUUCAUCGCGCGGUACAUCGCCCUCCACGCGCCGCACGUCAGGGACGCCGUGGCCGCCAUGUCGUGCCCCGUCGCCGCGCUCGUGCUCGACAUCUUCGCCGCGCCCCUGGUCGACGUGGCGCGGGGCCUCGGGGUGCCGUCCUACGUCUUCAUGUCGUCCACGGCCGCCCUGCUCGCGCUCAUGCUGCACCUGCCCGUGCUCCACGAGUCCGUCCCCGUGGAGUUCGACGAGGUGGAAGGGGAGGUGCAGGUGCCCGGCCUGCCGCCGGUGCCGCCGGAGUCCAUGCCGUGCCCCGUGGUGGACAAGAAGAGCCCCAACUACGCCUGGUUCGUGCGCCUCGGCGAUCGCUUCAUGGACGCCACGGGGAUCAUCGCCAACACCGCGGACGAGCUCGAGCCGGGGCCGCUAGCGGCCGUCGCCGGGGGGCGGUGCGUGCCCGGUCGCCCCGCGCCGCCGGUGUACCCGAUCGGCCCCGUGCUGUCGCUCGGCGACCGCUCGCCGUCUCACGAAUGCGUCGCGUGGCUGGAUGCGCAGCCGCCGGGGUCAGUGGUGUUCCUCUGCUUCGGGAGCCUGGGCUGGUUCGAUCCGUCGCAGGUGGUGGAGAUCACGGCCGCGCUCGAGCGGUGCGGACACCGGUUCCUGUGGGUCUUGCGGGGCCCACCUUCGGACGCGUCCGGCUCCGGCGCCGGCGCCCCAGACGGGGCGGAGCACCCGACGGACGCGAACCUCGACGAGCUCCUGCCGGAGGGGUUCUUGGAGAGGACCAAGGGCAAGGGCCUGGUGUGGCCGACGUGGGCGCCGCAGAAGGACAUCCUGGCGCACCCCGCCGUGGGCGGCUUCGUGACGCACGGCGGAUGGAACUCGGUGCUGGAGAGCCUGUGGCACGGCGUGCCGGUGGUGCCGUGGCCGCUGUACGCGGAGCAGCACCUGAACGCGCUGGAGCUGGUGGCCGAUAUGGGCGUGGCCGUGCCGCUCAAGGUGGACAGGAAGCGGGACAACUUCGUGGAGGCCGCGGAGCUCGAGCGCGCGGUGCGGUCCCUGAUGGACGCCGACGGCGAGCAGGGGAGGAGGGCGAGGGAGAAGACCGCGGAUAUGAAGGCCGUGUGCCGGAAGGCCGUGGAGGAGGGCGGGUCGUCGCACGCAGCGCUGCAGAGGCUCGCCGAGGCGCUCCACCACGGCGCGGUGAUCGCCAAGAAGUGAACCACGGCCGCCGUGUUCUUUUGUUCGGUGAUAGUUUACUCUACUCAUGUCGUAUGUAUGGAUCAUAAAACUUUCGUGUCAGUGUUGACAAUAAGUUGGUCCGCGAAAAUUUGUUUGCUGUUGUGCUAUUAGUUCUUUACUCUCUCUCUCUCUCUCUCUCUCUCUCUCUCUCUCUCUCUCUUUUGAAUUUAGAGCAAAUCUAUUACUCAUCGGACACAGUCAAAUCGCUGCUCACCGACCCCUCAAA